UCUUCACUCCCCAGUCCCAGGCAGCCGUUUUAUACCCACCAGCAGUCCAGCACCAAAGCGCAAUUUUCAAUCUGAGUACAAAAUUCUACAAUUCCUCAAUGCUACUCAACGCUGUCUGAUGAGUUUGCUUUUAAUUUCGCAUUAGGAAUGAACGGUCUUGCUUGCGCCUCCGCUACCACCGCCGCUGCUUCGUCCUUCUCUGUCAACAAGUUUUUGCUGUUUCCUUCUGCAUCACCGUCAAGAGCAGGACCGAAAAGAGGGGCGAAAAGGGUUUCUUUCAGGAUUUUUGCGGCGAAAGAAGAGCCAAAGUUUGACAAAUGGGACCAAAUGGAGCUCAAGUUUGGCCGCUUGCUUGGUGAAGACCCCAAACUCACCCUUGCCAAGAUAAUGGGUCGAAAAGCAAACCCCGAAGCAUCUUAUAUUGAAAUUGAGAAAGCAUUUCAUAAGAACAAGGGUAAAAUAGUUGAAGUAGAGGAGGUUCCUUUUGAUGUUGAAAAGAAAUCGCCCACCUCAUCUUCUGAUAGCUUAAAUUUAGUUCGUCCUGUUCCGAAGAAGGGAAUCAAGUUUAAAGCUGAUGGUAAUCCAGCUGUAUCUGAGAUAAAGAGACCAACUCUGUCAGAUGGGAAGACCGUGGAUAGUGCAAAAAAGGGCAGGGUUCCAAACGUUAUCUUGAGAAAGCCAACUUUGAUCAAUGAAGAUGAUGUAGAAGACCUACCCAGGUUUAGGAUAAAACCAAAUUUGUCACUGAAAAUGAGGAAUGAAAAGGCGAAGGACCACUUUAGUGAAAUGACAUUGUUGAGAAAGCCAGAACCGAUGAGUGUUGAUACAAGCCUUGAUAAGAAACAAGACUCUGAAGGUAGUGUUGGGCUGGAGAAAGAGAAAGAAGUGGAGGAUAGAAUUGGUGAUUUUACAAUAUUAGAAAAGUCUGAACAGAGUAUCCAUACAAACAUUCGCGAAAUGCAAGAGCUAUUUGAAGAUUUAGAAAUUGAAGGGCAAAGGUUGGAAGCGGAGAUAGAAGCUAACAUGCUGGCUAACGCAACAGAGAAUACUUCUCAAGAAUCAUUAGAAGCGGGGCAUAGCUCAAUCCCUAAGAAACCUGAGAGAAAGGAUGACUCCAUAAGUGGAAUGCAGCCAGUUGAGCUAAGUAAUAGGGUAUCUACUGAGGAAUCCAGCACUGGUCCCUCUAUCGAAGCUGCACUUCAAGGGAAGCCAAAAAGAUUAGAUCAAUCUGUGAAAGAAACAUCAAACUCCAGUAGAGCACAAACUGUUCCCAUCAAUCCUGAAGAUUAUGGUGAUCUCCCUUCUAUAUCACCUCAGGAGGAUAGUGAUUGGACGAGGGUAGAACAUCUGCUUAAGACAGGAGAAAGGGCAGAAGUGGAGUUAAUAAACUCUAGCACGAGAGGUUUUGUUGUAUCUUUUGGUUCUUUGAUUGGAUUUUUGCCUUACCGCAACUUGGCAGCUAAAUGGAAGUUCUUAGCUUUUGAGUCAUGGUUGAGACAGAAGGGCUUAGACCUGGCUGCUUAUAAACAGAAUUUGGGAGUUAUUGGAAGUUCUGAUAUAAUGAGCAAGAACUCUUCUCUAGUAUCAAACUCAGAUAUGGAAAAUAACCAACAAUUUGAGGGAAAAUUGUCACCUGAUAUGAAUUUGGAAGAUCUUUUGAAGAUUUAUGAUCAAGAGAAGCUUAAAUUCUUGUCCUCAUUUGUUGGUCAGAGAGUCAAAGUAAAUGUGCUAAUGGCUGACAGAAAGUUCAGAAAACUUAUAGUUUCUCUGAGGCCAAAAGCAAAGGAAGAGUUAGUAGAGAAAAAGAGAAAUGUUAUGGCCAAGCUUCGUGUAGGCGAUGUUGUUAAAUGCUGCAUCAAGAAAAUCACUUAUUUUGGUAUAUUUGUGGAGGUUGAAGGCGUGCCUGCUCUGAUUCACCAGACCGAAGUAUCGUGGGAUGCCACCUUGGAUCCUGCAUCUUAUUUCAAAAUUGGUCAGAUUGUUGAGGCAAAAGUUCACCAAUUGGAUUUCACACUGGAGCGUGUAUUUUUAUCAUUGAAGGAGAUAACGCCAGAUCCACUGAUUGAGGCCUUGGAUUCUGUGGUUGGUGAUCGUGAUAACUUAGAUGGAAGAUUACAAGCAGCGGAAGCGGACUCUGAGUGGCCUGAUGUAGAGUCACUUAUCAAAGAAUUGCAACAGAUUGAAGGGGUUCAAUCAGUUUCAAAAGGCCGAUUUUUCUUGAGCCCUGGUUUAGCUCCAACAUUCCAGGUUUAUAUGGCAUCCAUGUUUGAGAAUCAAUAUAAGUUACUUGCUCGAUCUGGAAACAAAGUACAAGAGAUCAUUGUUCUGGCAUCAUUGGAUAAAGAAGAGAUGAAAUCUACAAUUCUGUCGUGCACAAAUAGAGUGGUAUAGGGUUCUUGCUUUCUGGUUUACCACUGUCUUCUUAUUCAGCCUAUUGGUAUCCCAUUCCACCUUUUCUGGAACUCCAACUUUGUCCCCAAUAGGCACUUUCGGCUGGAGGAUAAGAGAGUGAACAGAAAGUGCGGGGAUUGGGGCGGUGGUGGAUUGUUUGGAUUUUCUUGUUAACCCCCCUAUAAUGGCAAGUAUCACUAUCAGCACAUUCUGUCGUUCUGCAAUGGAAAACAUAAGCAAUGUAUCUUCUGUUCGAAAGCUUAUCUUUUUAUACCAGGUUCAUAUUACAUAAACAUCGAAUUAAUGUCUGAUAGAAUAGCACUGUAAACAGCCACCCCUAUUUAUUCAAUAUAGUUUUAUGCCUUUUCUUUUCU